AAUAUUUGAAAUAUAAUAUACCAUUGAUGAGGAACAACAAAGGGAAACAACAAUAAAAGGGAAGACAGCAGAAACACUGAUACCGACGAAAUAAACAAUAUGCCAACACCAGCUAUUCCUACAGUGGAUCUCUCACCAUUCUUCACAGCCGGAGAUGAUGAGUCUGGCCUGAAAAAAUGCAAAGACUUGAUAGCGGAAGCCUGCGGUGACUACGGGUUCUUUCAAAUAGUGAACCAUGGCGUCCCACUUGAUCUCAUGAACCAAGCAAUGGAGCUUUCCAAAGCAUUUUUUAGGUACUUGGAUGAGGUGAAACGUGAGUGUAGUUCCAGCCCAGAUUCACCACUUCCUGCUGGCUACAACAAGCAGCCAGAUCACUCACCUGAUAAAAACGAGUAUCUGCUCAUGUUCCCACCUGAAUCACCUUUCGAUGUCCUCCCUACCAAUCCACCUAAUUUCAGAAAUCUUGUUAACUCUCCAACUGAUCAACUCACUCAAAGUCAAACAACAUCCCUUUUGAUCAUGGUGUCCAAGAGACAUGGCAGAAGACAUCGGAGGUUUAGAGGUAUGCAAGGAUGGGGAAUGGAUUCCGGUAAUCCCUUCCAAGGGGACUCUGGUUGUCAACUUAAGCGAUGUUAUCCAGAGGUGUUAAGCAAUAAGAAAUUUAAAAGUGCGACUCAUAGAGUAGUGAGACCAAAGGGAAGACACCGGCAUUCAUAUGUAUUUUUCUAUAACUUGCAAGGAGACAAGUGGGUUGAGCCAUUGCCCAACUUCUGUAGUGCAAUCGGAGUAAAACCCAAGUAUAAAGGAUUUUAUUACAAGGAUUACCAGGCUUUGAGGAUGAGAAACAAGACACACCCACCAUCGACACCCAAAGAAAUCAUCCGCAUCGCUCACUACGAAAUUUAG